UGUCAAAAUUAUUUAUCGUACAUUUUCGCGGGAGAAAUUAAUAAAAUGUGCUAGCUACCUAUUGAAAAUAACUUAAAAAAAACAGCAAUCAAAAUAGCGUGCUAAGCUUUCAUACCGAACAUAACCAUAUCGCGAACUGUGUGAACAGUUAUUCAACAACAAAAUGAAAUGACGUUAUUGAUUUUUGGAGGUUGUAUACGAAACUGCAGUUGCACGCUUAAAAUGUGAAAAUAAAUUAACAAGUGCCAAUUGUACCCGUAGUUUUGACUGUAAAUUCGUAUUAUUUGAGUUCAUAAUGCGUCCCAAUCGCCGUUUUCACAUGUUAAAAGGCUUCAAACUUGUGUAAUACGCGUUGGUUGUGUAGAUGAAAUAACCGCGGAUAUGGCUCGGUGCUCUACGGACGCGGACGUCCACGCUGCGGAGGUGGACGCGGAGGAACUCGAUUUAGAGAUCAGUGUGGACAAGAUUGACGAGGGAUUGUUUCUUGGGAAUCUAGCUUGUGCCCGGGAGCAGAAGACCUUGGAAACCCUCGGGAUCACGCACAUACUGACAAUAGACAUUGUGCCGUUGCCCAGGAGUCUGCAGGAAAGGAUCAAUGUUGUCUUCAAGUAUGUCAAAUUGGCCGAUGUACCAAAAGACGAUCUCAUCUCCCAUCUGCCAGAAUGCAACGAAUUCAUCGAGAACGCCGUGGAAGCUGGUGGCAACGUACUGGUCCAUUGUUACUUUGGCGUGUCGCGCUCCGCUGCGGUGGUCAUAGGUUACAUUAUGAAAAGGUAUUUUCUGGACUACGAGGAUGCCUUCCGGUUGGUGAAAUCACGUCGGCGCUUUAUCGGGCCCAAUCCUGGUUUCGUUGCUCAGCUGAAAUUGUAUGGACAGAUGGGCUAUGUGCUUAAUAAGGACGACCCGAGAUACAAACAGUUUCGACUAAAAAUGGCGGGACAGAAACUAAAAGAAAUAAAAAUCCUCCCCCAACUUUUCGCGGACCUGAUCAAACCGGACCCGGGUCUGGUCCGGGAGCGUCCGGACCCCAUCGUGUACCGUUGUAAAAAGUGUCGCCGGGUCGUCGCCAGUCAGAACAACAUUAUACCACACGUGCCCAAGCAUGUUAAGGUCGAGUUGGCGAAGAGAGGUAUCAGGCCGUCUAUAUCCAAGCUGCCCGGUCUGUCGUGCUCCGAUAACGGCCAACACCUCAUCCAGAAGCUGAAGAGCUUGGCGUGCCAGAUACUCGACAACGACACCACGGAGGCCACAGCGGUCCCGGCCUCGCACGACGGCGAGGGACCUAGCCAUGUAUUGGACGGGUACCAGGAGCAGAACCUGGUGGACGCCGCGAUAGCCGCCCGCGACUGCACGGACGUGUGCCGGCUCAUGCUGUUCGUGGAGCCCAUGGCGUGGAUGACCGGCGUCACGCACGACGCGCAGGGCAAGCUGCACUGCCCCAAGUGUAACAACAAGAUCGGCAGCUUCAGCUGGGUCUGCGGUUGCAAGUGUCCGUGCGGUCAGAAAGUAGCGCCCGCCUUCUACCUCGUGCCGUCGAAGGUGGAAUGGUCCAAUAUUGUACAAAACGUACAGGUCACGGUCUAGAGCGCAGCGGGCUUAUGGUUGCGCUCCUAGUUAUGUGGCUUUAUACUAUAGUUCGUUUUUUUAGCAUUAGAAAUAAGGUAAACCAUCUUGAUGUGUCUUUUAAUUGAAAAACACAUUUUAAAAAUAAGUUACGGCAAAUAUGUAACGGUUAUGAAUCUAAUACGAUCAUUUAUAUUCUUCUGCUUUCAUAAGCAAUAGUUACUGAUUUUUAAAAAGCGUUUUUCAAUUAAAAGACUUGCCAAGAUCGCUUACCUUCUUUCAAGUUCUAUCUAAUGCUAAAAAAAACGAACGAUAGAGCAGGGUCCUUAUACACCAUGUGCAUAAGGAACCUUAUGUGAUGGAUAGCCACAUAUUAUAAUAAAUAAAUUAAAGUGUUAUGCUUCCAAAAAAUGUUCUCCCCAUAUAAAAACGAACUGUCAUAAGGAUCAUCAUUGGUCACGGUAUCGCGAAUCAAUCUUGUGUCCCAUCCAAUCUUACCCGGGUAUACCUGUACAUGUUAUAAUAUAUCUAAUGUUAAAUGUUUAGAUAAUAUUUGGAUGGCCUUCUUAACAAUAGGAGAAACUCUGAAAAUCUUAUUUUAUAGAAAUUAUCCUUAAUAUAAGUAUCUGUUUUCCUUCACCGAAUUCUUUUUCCGAACCGAAUUUCUUCAGAUAUCGGUGAAGGAAAACAUCGCGAGGAAACCUGCAUACAUCUGCGAAGAAAUUCAAAGGUGUAUGUGAAGUCCCCAAUCCGCAUUGGGCUAGCGUGGGGACUAUAGCCCAAGCCCUCUCGCGCAUGAGAGGAGGCCUGUGCUCAGCAGUGGGAUGUAUAUAGGCUGAAAUGAUGAUGAUGAUGAUAAGUAUCUGUCGUCGCUAUUUUCAAUAACUCUCAAAUACAUGCUUUUCCUUGGAAUAUAGUAAUUUUACAUGUUACAUGAUUAUUUACUGGAUGCAGAAACGAAAUAAAUAUAAUAUUUAUUUUUAAUAAAAUAUUGUUGGCAUGAAGUUUAUAUAGAUAUAUUUUUACAAAUAAUUCACAAUUAUGUACUUACGUAUUUUUUAACCAGGCCUUCAAGUACCUAAUGUCUUCCUGUAUAGUUACGAAAAGUAGCCAUAAUUUGAAAUUAUCUCCAGUUCUCAUCCCAAUGUAUUAAAAUUCUCCAUAACUGCUUGUCAUUUAACUUUUUGCCCGCCUUUUGUCAUUUAAAAAUGUUACGCACACGCCAACAUCAUUGGUGAAAGCUGUCUAAUAUAAACUAUACUUAAAAAAGUUUUGACUCAAAUGUUUCUU